AAUGGGUUCUUAUGAAGCAAACACUAUUUAAAAUAUCACCUUCAGCCAUACCUCUAAAGACAUGUCAGUGGACUUAUCCUGGUGGGGAACACUGUGCAAUCAUCCUGCUGAAGUGCCGAUACAAUCAAGCAAAAGAAGCUCCUGGAGCAGUGGAGGGAACAACAUCACUUUUUACAGCUCUGUAUCCAUGUAUCCUCACGAUUUUUCCCAAAAUGCUUCAUCAUACCUGGGCCCAAGUGGGGAGCCCCCUCUGUCACGCACAGGCUUCACCAUCCUCUCCAUCAUCAUGGCUCUUUUCACCGGUCCGGCCAUCGUGCUCAACGCCACAGUGAUCAUUGUGUCCCUCAUGCACAAGCAGCUGAGGCAGCCUCUCAACUACGCUCUGGUGAACAUGGCGGUGGCUGACCUGGGCACUGCCAUGACCGGGGGGGUGCUGUCUGUGGUCAACAAUGCCCAGGGCUACUUCUCCCUGGGAAGGACAGGCUGUGUGAUGGAGGGGUUUGCAGUCUCUGUAUUUGGCAUCACAUCUCUGUGCACAGUCUCCCUGAUCGCUCUGGAGAGGAUGUUUGUUGUGUGUAAGCCGGUGGGGCAGAUAACCUUCCAGAAAAAGCAUGCAGCUGCAGGCAUUGCCUUGUCUUGGCUGUGGUCACUCACAUGGAAUUUGCCCCUGUUUGGCUGGGGCAGGUAUGAGCUGGAGGGUGUGGGGACCUCCUGUGCACCUGACUGGCACAACAGAGACCCUCACAAUGUCUCCUACAUUGUGGCUUACUUUGCAGUGUGCUUCGCUUUUCCUUUUGCCAUCAUUUUGGGAUCCUACAGCAAGCUGAUGUGGACACUACACCAGGUAUCAAAGAUGGCCUGUGUGGAGGGUGGUGCAGUGGCUAAAGGAGAGAUGAAGGUAGCAUUCAUGGUGGUCCUGAUGGUCAUUACAUUUCUGAUCAGCUGGAUGCCAUAUGCCAGCCUGGCCUUGCUGGUGGUCUCCAACCCUGAUGUGAACAUUCCCCCCCUGGUGGGCACGGUGCCUGUUUACCUGGCCAAGAGCAGCACCGUGUAUAACCCACUGAUCUACAUCUACCUGAACAAACAGUUUCGUAAAUACGCACUUCCCUUCCUGCUGUGUGGCAGAGUGAGCACUGUGGCAGACGAAGAAUCAGAGAAUGUAACAACUUUGGAGACCACAAACAAACAGGUGUCACCUGCCUGAACUGGACCAUCCAUUGAAGGUUUUUUGUGAAACCAUGACUGCAGUGUUUGUAUGAGCAUGUCUUUAACAUCAUGAGAAAAAUCUCAAUGGUGCAAACAGAAUACAAAUAACUGAGAACAGUAAUUCAGCAUAAAUUUAUUCAAUGAUGAUCAAUAGAAAAUAAAAUAGUAUCGUUUGAAUUAAAGUCAAGGCCAAAAUCAAAUGAAAAAUACAAAAAAAUGUAUUGAUACAAAACCUAGAAGGUUAUAGUAAAGCAUUUGCUACUAAGAGAAAUGAUGUUACCGAAUAAAAACAUUAAGGAGCAAAUAUCAAGACUUUCAAGUAGAGAACAUUACCAUGGGUCUUUCCAUACUUUUGUACAUAUUUUACAUUAUCUUCUUUUUUAAUACAGCUUUCAGAACAUUAAUAGUAGUAAUAGUAAUUAUAAUCAUAACAAUAUGAAGAAAACUAAUAGAAACGUUCAAAUCAAUAUGCGUUUCUCUGUAAACUGGUGCUUGAACCUUUUUCAUUUUUUUCCCACCCGCGAACAGAGAAACAGUGCACCUUGAAAAAUGUUUUUAAUACUCUUUCAUUCCCAGCAUUGUAAGGUGAGUCGUAAAUGACAAAUAUAGAUUCCACUAAACCAUACACACAGUCACAAAAAGUACAAAAUUGUCUCACCUUAAUACAUAAAUCUGUUUAGAAAAAGGAGAAACAAAAGCACUAUACAGUUACUUGUGCAAAGACAAACAGCUAUGUGCUAAUAUUUAAAUACCAUUGGUAUAGACCCAACCAAAUUGUUAUUUUCUUUUUCUCAGGAAUCCCUGACAUGAGGUAAAAGUAAGUUCUUUUUCGUCUUUAGUUUAACACAACUUUUAAAAGUGUUUACAAAAUAAUGCAUAUCUUCAGUUCAUCAGUACUGUAAUUGCUACGAAUAGUACAAUGUGCCUGUUAUGUGCAUUGGCCCUUUUACAUGACAGUUGUCAACAAAAGGACUAGCACACAUUUUUUUUUACUCACAAACAAUUCAAAGAGCCCUUUCAAUGUGCACACAAAAUGGAAAACCUACAUUUUCAUGACAGUAUUCGGUUGAAUUAGAGCACAGGACGCACUCGCCUACAAAUCAAACACUCAUGAACAACAGAUCACAUUUACCCUUAAUAUCCUUAAUUUAAACUCUCCAUGGUAACGCCUGAAAAAAGCCCAUCUCACUUAUCUAUCUCAUUAUUUGUAUUUUCAUGGAUCAAUAAAAGACA